AUGCUAGUUUAUGGCAAAGCAUGCCAUCUUCCGGUUGAAUUGGAGCACCGAGCGCUUUGGGCUCUUAAAACCGUGAAUUUAGAUCUUACUCCCGCGACUAGGAAAUGGUAUUUCCAAAUCCAUGAGUUAGAAGCUCUUAGAGAUGCGGCGUAUGAGCGUUCCUGGAGUAUCAAAGAGAAAGAGAAAACGAAAGCGUUGCAUGAUAGAAAGCUUAAGGGGUUGAAGGAGUUUAAAGUUGGUGAUAAAGUGCUUCUCUACAAUUCGAGGUUUAAGUUGUUUCCCGGAAAGUUGAAGUCGAAGUGGACGGGACCGUAUGUUGUGAAGGAGGUCUUUCCACAUGGUGCGAUUGAGCUAUACGAUGAAGUUAGUGAGAGAUCAUGGAAAGUGAAUGGGCACCGUUUGAGGCACUACUUAGAAGGGCCGAUUGACAACAACGAGAAGGAGGAAAUUCCUCUCGAAGACAUUCCGAACACCACCGUUUAG